ACAUACACACAACACUGAGCUCCCUGUCACAUCCACAUCCAGCAAUACCCGCAAUGCUGUACCAUAAUCAGUAUAGCAUGUUCAAGAAACGUGUACUCGACGAGCGGCCAAGGACACAACAGCAGCUAUUCCCAGAAAUACGGUUACCAUUCUCUGUCUGUUGAUUGCAGCAGUCAUAGCUGUGGUGCCAGUACACAACAGCAGCCAAUUCUGGAACUAACGGAAUUUGUCCGUUUCAAAGCAGCGUUUUGAGUUCCAACCGGACACUACCAUUCUGUCCUAUAUAUCUGAAAUCCGUUAUAUCUGUGUCCGUUAAAUCGAGGUUCCACUGUAUAGGUCGGAGAGAGGAGGGCCCCUUUCAUGGCUUGAACAUUUGCCACCUGUGAGAUCAAUAGCUACAAUUAAGGUUCUUUAUAGCUUAAAGAUGAGGAGAAACUCGGGAGAAAGGAAGAGGAUCAGGCAGAGCACCUAAUGAGGGAGAAAAAAAAGAGAAUGCUUCUGUAUUCUGAGAAAUUAAGGAGAGAGGAAGACGAGGAGGCAAAGAAAUUAAUCAGUGAGAAGGAGAAAAGAAUACAGUUUCGCCAGGAAGCACUGAGAAAGAAGGAAGAGAAGGAGAUGAAGUUGUUGGAAAGGGAGAUGGAGGCUCGAUCAAAGAGGGAAAAAGAGUUGAGUACACUCUUCUGCCAGAAGGAAGUGAUGAGAGAGAAAGAAGGACGAGCAGAACAGUUAAAUAGGGAAAAGGAGAUGAGAAUGUGUCACCACCAGGACCAAUUGAGCAAAAAGGAAGAGAAGGAAAUUGAGCAAUUGAGGAAUGAGAAGGAAAUACGACUUUGGCCACAAAAGGAGGAGAUAAGGAGAGAGGAAGAGAAGGAGGCCCUGAAAUUAAUGAGAGACAAGGAGACAAUAAUAUGGCUCCAUCAGAAAGCACUGAGAAAGAAGGAAGAGGAGGAGAUGGAGUUAUUAGAAAUUGAGAUGAAGACAAGAAUAGAUCUCCACAAGGAGAAACUCAGUACGGAUUUUGAUCGAUUAAAGAGUGAAAAAGAUUUGGGUACAUGCUUCUACCCUGAGAAGCUGAUGAAAAAGAAAGAGGAGGAAGCGGAGCAGCUAAAGAGGAUAAAGGAGAUGGAAAUGCAGAGGAAUUAUCAGGAGAUACAAAUUUCUCAACAAAAGGAGGAGCUGAUGAAAGAGGAAAAGGAGGAGGUUGCACGAUUGAAGAGGCAGAAAGUGACAAGAAUACUUCAAUGCAAAGUAGAGCUGAGGCGAGAGGAAGAAGAAGAAGCAGAGCAAUUGAAGCGGGCAAAGGAGAUGAGACUUCAUCUCUGCAGGGAAGAACUGAGGAAAGGGGAGGAUGAGGAAGUGGAAUGGUUAAAGAGGGAAAUGGACAUGAGAAGACGUCUGCUUCUGGAUGAAUUUCAUAGAGCUCAAAAGGAGGCAGAGCAGUCAAUGAGGGCAAAGCAGAUGAGAAUGCAAUUCUGCCUGGAAGAACUCAGGAAAGAGGAAGAGGAGGAGGCAGAGCAGUUGAAGAGGGACAAGGCUAUAAGAGUGUGCCAACAAAAGGAGGAGCUGAUGAAAGAUGAGGAGGAGGAGAUAGCGCAAUUGAAGAAGGAUACUGAGAGAAGAAUCUGUCGCUACCUCGAAGAGCUGAGGAGAGAGGAAAAGGAGGAAGUGGAGCAAUUGAAGCAAAAGAAGGAGAUGAGACUACAGCACCAACUAGAGGAGCUCCACAGAGAGGAGGAGGAGGCGGCGGAGAUUUUGAAGAGGGAGAAGGAUGUUAGAUUUGAUCUCUGCCAGGAACAACAGAUGAGAGAAAAGGAGGAGGAGGAGGAAGAGUUGAAAAAAUACAUUGACACUAGAAAAUUUCUCCUUGAGGAGGAGCUUCGCUGGGAGGAAAAUGAGCAAAUAAAGAGGGAAAGGGCGAUGAGAACACAUUCACACAAACAAGAGGAACGCAAAAGAAAUGAAGAGGAAGAGGAGCAAUCAGAGAGAGAGCAAAGAACACAAUUCCAUGAGGAAUUGAGGAGAGAAGAAGAGGAGAAUGGGCAAUUAAUGAAGGAAAAGGAUUUAAGAAAUGCUCUCUCCCUGGACGAACUGAGCAGAAAGGCGCAGGAGCUAGCAUGUUUAAGGAGGGGCAAAGAGAUGAAAAUUAGGCUUUAUCAGAAUGGGCUGAGAAGAGAGGAAAAGGGUGAGAUUGAACUGAUGACAAGAAUGUGUCUUCACCAGGAGGUGCUUAGAAGAGCAGAAGAAAAAGAAGUGGAGCAGUUACAGAGGGAAAGACAGACAAAAAUGCAUGUUUACCAAGAGGAACUGAGAAGACAAGAAGUGAAUGAAUUGGACAAAUUAAGGAGGGAAAGGGCAAAGAGCGCUCAUCAGCUCCUGAAGGGACUGCAGGAAGACGAAAGGGAACAAUUGAAGAGGGAAAAUGCCAUGGGAAGAAAUCUCCAAGAGUUGAGCAGUGAGGAAAAGGAGCGAUUAAAGGAGGAGCUGAUGAGAGAAGAGGAUAAGGCAGAGGAAUUGAAUAGCGGUAGAACAGAGCGUAACACAGGUGAAGAAGUGGAAGGGCGGUUUACGAGGGAAAUGUCGACAAAAACAACACUCUGUGAAGAAGAACUGACAAGUGAGGAGGAGGAGGUGGAGUGCUUGAAGAGGGAGAUGAUGAGAAUGUUUUUCCGCCAGGAGGUCCCAAGGAGAGAAGAAGAGGAGGCAGAAAAAUUAGAGCGAGGGAAGACAAAAGCAUGGCUCCGUCCGGGGCAUAGCAUAGAAGAAGAAAUAAAAGGGUCGUUUUUAAGAGAAAUAGAGACACAAACAAUGCUCAACGAAAAAGAACUGACGAAUGAGGAAGAGAAGAAUGAGACAAUGAGCAUGUCGCUCUGCCAGGUGGGACUAACAAGUGAAGAAGAGGAGCCACUGAAAAUGGACAAGAUAAAAUUUCCACCCCAGGAGAAGCUGACGGGAGAGCAAAAGGAGGAGGAAGGACUGAAGAAGGAGAAGGAAGUAAAAUCAAAACCCCAACAGGAAGGGUCAAGCAGAGAGUAUGAGACUGAGUGGCUGAAAAACGAAAGGGCGAGCAUAGUCUAUCUGAACAAAGACGUAAUUAGGAUUGCAGAAGAGCAGGAGAAGAAGAGACUAUAUAAUUGCCAGGAGCAGCUGAAGACAGAGGAAGAGGAGGAAGGUGAAGCUUUAAAGAGGGAGAAGGAAAAGAUGGCAUAUUGCCGACAAGUAGAAUUGAAAAAUGGCGAAGAGGAGGAGAUGGUACAAUUAAAUAGGGACACAGAGGAGUUAAGGAAAGAGAAACUAGAUGAGACACAGUUGGUAAAGAAAGAUUAUGCAUUUUCAUUAGGAACUGAGGGAAAUGGAAGAGCAGGUCCCAGAGUGAAAGAUCGAACAUGUCUCCGACUGGAAGAGCUUCGAAAGGAGGAUGAGGAGCAGCGAGAGCAUUUGAAGAUCGAAAAGGAUAAAAAAGCACAACUCCGCCAGGAGAAUCCUAGGAGCAGGGAGGAAAAGGUAGAAGGGUUAAUGAGGGAAAAUGAAACUAAUUUCCAAUGCGAACUAAGUAGAGAAGUAGAUGAAGAAGAGGAGGAGGUGGAUUUUUUAAAGAGACAAAAGCGGAGAAGAAUUUGCCUUUGCAUUGAAGAACUGAAAAGAAAGGAAGAAGAAGAAGUGGAGCAGUUACAGAGAGAAAAAGAGACAAGAAUGCACAUUUAUGAGGAGGAACUCAGAAGAGACGAAGAAAUUGAGGCAGAGCAUUUAAAGAGUGAAAAGGAGCAGAGAAUACGUCUCCUCCAGGAAGAGCUGAGAGUAGAGGAAGAGGAAGAGGCAGAGCAGUUAAAAAGGGACAAGGAGAAGCGAAUGAGUAUCCUGCAUGAGAAGUUGCAGAAAGAGGAAGAGGAUGAGCGAUUGAAGUGGGAAAAUGAGAGGAGAACAUUGCUCCACCAGGAGGAACAGAGUAAACAUGAAGAGGAGGAGCAGUUUAAGAGGGUUGAGGAGAAAAGAAGGAGUCUCUACCUAGAGGAACUGAGGAAAGAGGAAAAUGAGACAGCAGAGCGUUUCGAGAGGGAAAAGGAGCAGAGAACACACCUUCACCAGGAAGAGCUGUGGAGAGAGGAAAAAGCUGAGGUGGAACAACUAAGGAAGGAAAAAGACAAGACCAUCGAUAACCUCCAGGAGGAUCUUAUGAGAGAAGAGGAGGAGGAGUUUAUUAGGGAGAAGGAAAAGAUAACACAUUUACUCCCAGAAAUGCUGAGGAAAGAGGAAGAAGAGGUUGAGCAGUUAAAAAGAGAGAAGGAGAAGAGAAUGCAAUACUGCCAAGAGGAAUUGAGGAGAGAGGAAGACGAAGAAACAGAACAGUUAAAGAUAGAAAAGGAAAAUAGAAUGAGCCAUCUCCAGGAUGAGCUGAAGCGAGAGACAGAGGAAUUGAUUGACAAAUUGAAGGCUGAGAAGCAGAAGAGAAUGCGUCUCCGACAAAUAGACCUGUGGAGAGAAGAGGAGGAGAGGAAACUGAAGACUGAGUAUAAGGAAAGGCUGAGGGCUUUACGGCAGUGUCUUCUGGCCAGGAGGAGAAAGGAGGAGACCUUGAUGAACAACAUGUUCGAGCAGAAGGAGAAAUUAAAAGAAUCUGUCCGGAUGGAGAGAGAGGAUGACCAGCAAUUUAAACUCAGGCAGGACCGUGAAGCUGCCCUAAGAGCACUUUGCCUUGCACUUGAAGAACGGGAAGCUGACCAUGAUAGGCUGACGGCUCAAAGGAGACAAUUCUUUGAGUGCCUUAAGGCCGAGUCAGAAGAGGAGCCACAUACACUGAGAACAAGACUCCAGCAAGGCACGGGGGAGAACCUGAAGUUUUUGACACCAGAGGGUAAGACAAACUUUGUCUGUUUCUUGAGUGAAAAUGUGUCUCAGCAGGCACUAGAGAAGACUUUGGAUUCUGGCUUCUGCAGCACCUUUCACCCACUGAAUGGGGCAGCUCUAGAGUCUCAACAUGAGAUAUUUGGUGCUUUCAGACCAACUCCUCAGAGGUUGAACACCACACAUUUCUCAACCUUCAGUCCGACGCUCGGAGCACCUCAUUCCACGACUACCACCGCUGCAUACACCACCAUGCAUCCAGACCCACUGUUCUGUCAUCCAAGAGCAACAGUAACUGUGGACCCAUUCGCCACCACAUCCCUGAGAGAAACCUACCUAGCGAAUACUACUCCUGGGUACUGUGAUCAGCUGAGCCUAAAUAAAUUCAACGAGAUCACGGUUUAUCGUUUUCAAAGACAAAACGCACAGUCGAUUCCUUCUGCACACAUGUGAAUACAUUAUAUACAUCCAUGAAAAAAUUGUUUAUGCAGUAUAUACAUUUUCUUCUUAAACACUCUUUGUCCCUGUUGAAUAUCAGUCUGGUGCAUAGUUCCACCUAAAUCAGAGGUUCAAGAACCAGGGAGAACCUCUUCAGUACACCAUGGUCUACAUUGUUACAUUGAUUUAGUCACCAUUAACUAACAACAGCCCACAAAUGGCCAAAGAUAAACAAACUCAUUCACACAAUCUUUUGUUGAGUUAACGGCCUCUGAAAUCACUAGGUACUCAACCAGCACUGCCACUGUAGAGAGCAUUUCUUACACAGGUUAUAUAUACGCAGUAUAUUGGUCAUUUUUAUAUUAUUUGAUCAAUAAUGGUAAAGACAUGGCCCACUUUAUUUCCUUUUGAAAAUCAAUUUAUUCAACUGAUGAGUAUUUCAGUUAUUCCCAGUUGCUAUCCAACUAAAGUUAAAAACAUUUCUAAGGAAACAAAAUAUUUUAAAAUAAUGUUUUUCAAACUUUUAAUGCCAAAAUGUCUUGACCGUUAAGUGUUUCAUGAUUUGCAACAUGUUUUCUGAAGAUUCUAAUUACAUUGUUUGAUAUAUAGGAUUUUCUCAUAUUCCUUAAUAUGCCUUUUCCGUGUAAACUAACACAAAUGAAUCUUCGUGUCUUCAGAGUUCCUUUUUGGUUCUUUUACAAGUGGUCCUUCUUUUUCAAUCAAGCUGUCUUUACCGUUAAUGCCACGAGAGAGAGCCUCAUUAUGUUGCAAUAUACCAGAAGGAUCUGUGAGCUGAAGUGCCAGGGUAAGGCAGCCAUUUUGCAUUCACACACAAGCAGACAGCAAAAUAAUAGUUAUUUUUGAGAUACGUUUGAAUUUUUGAAAAUGUCGGAAUUAUUGCAUGUCUUUACCGUUAUUAAAAAUGUGUAAAGACAAUGUAAUGGAUUGAAUAUUUAGGAUCCUUUAUUCACUUGAAUUUGUAGAGUUUGAAGGGCAACACGUAAACUGUGCAACUCGUGUUUUUUAUGAAGCUGUUUAUGUCUUAACCAUUUUGCACUUUUGUCUAUACCAUUGUGCAACAAGUGUAUUUCAGUGGGCCACCACCAUUUUCUGUCAAUGGGUUCUAUUAACAAAGCUGUGGCAGAAUUUCAUUUAUGAUGAUAAGUUCUUACAUUCUAAAGGAUGGGUGUUCUUUAACUUGAUUUAUUUAUCGUUUGUAUAUCCAAGUUACACUAUUUGUCAGUUCAAAGUAUAAUGUUAUAGUUUUAACAUCAAUCGAUAAACUUGAGCCUAUAAGUUUACUGCUGAUUUUGUUUUAUUAUUGAAUAAAGCUGUAUAAAUAAGA